GUUAGCCCGCGUGGCCGGCGGGGUCAAGGCGGCGGAAGCGGAAGGUGAUGUGUCGGGGUGGGCGCCAUUGCCAUCAUGGUGGGGAAAGGGGCCUUCCGCGUCCCGGAGCGGUGGACCGACUACGUCCCGCUGGGCAGGAGGAUGCCGGGCACCCGCUUCAUCGCCUUCAAGGUCCCCCUGAAGAAGAGCUUUGAUCGAAACCUUCAUCCAGAGGAGAGAUUCUCACCUUAUGACCUCAUUAAGAAAAUCAAGGAGCAGAAGGAAGAACUGGGCCUGAUUAUUGACCUGACAUACACAACUCGCUACUACAGGCCAGAGGAGCUCCCAGCCACACUCUGCUAUUCAAAGAUCUUGACGAUGGGACAUGAAAUACCAAACAAGCACACCAUUUUUCAAUUCAAAUGCGUUGUAAAAAAAUUUUUGAGAGACAACAAAGACAAUGAUAAACUCAUCGGAGUUCAUUGCACGCAUGGCUUGAACAGAACUGGUUACCUGGUUUGUAGGUACCUGAUUGAUGUUGAAGGCAUGGAGCCAAAUACAGCAAUAGAGUUGUUCAACAGAGCUCGAGGGCAUCCCAUAGAGAGAACCAACUAUAUCCAAGAUCUUCGGAAGAGAACUGUAAAGAAGAACUGUGGACUAAAGAAUUUGGGCUCGGGCCCCUUCAAAGAAAAAGCCAGCGCUACACCAAACACUAAAAAGCAGAUGGCCAAACAUCAUCAGCAUUGUUCGAACCAAUCCCCCUUAGCAGUGCCCAGAAACUCCAGCAGCACUAAGAAGAACCGCAAGCGAGGCGCCAAGGCGCAGGCACCACACCAGGAGCUGGCUCACAAGCACAGGGCAACGGAGCAAAGGCGGCCGUGCACUUUGGCAGCGAGGAACUGUCGGGUUUCGUCGCCCACUAACGAGCGGCGCAAUGGACUGUGCUUUCCCCACCAAAGUACCCACCUCUGCCUGCCCCAGGAAACGCAAGUGGCCAGGAAACGCAGGCGCCGGCAUAAGAAAUCUGCUGCAACGGAGUAGGGAACGCUGUGCACAACAAAAACCUGUCUGGGGCUGCGUCUUCACACCAGCAAAGCUCUAGGAUGGGUCUCUCGCUGCUUGAACAAGCAGCUUUGCUGUAACCUCCACCAGCAGUCAGGAACUGCAAAUGCAGGUGUUCUUAAUCUUAACACAGCUUUUUUUUUUUUCCUCCCCCCUCCCUUGGUACUUUUAUAAAUCUCACAGACAUUUUUUAAUCCUAUGUCAUACUGAGGUCGUAGCUCUGCUCCCUGAGGGAUGCAGAGAAUAAAUGUGGACUUAAACAGAGCUGGAAUAACCCUAAAGAACCAUCCUCAGGAGCAUCCCUUUAACCUUCAACAAAAAGAGCUUUUCCUUGAUUUCCUCAAUACAUAACAAGAAAUAGGAUUUGGCCUGAAACUAGAUGAUUUUUUUUUUUUCUUUUCACCCACUUUUGCUAAAGUAAAUGCGGUGCGUAAACCUCGA